GAAGGAAACAAGAGAGCUAGCCUAGCACUGUUAGCUCGUACCGUGGACAGUGGGAAACAGUGGCGUGUUCUUGAUUCACAGUAGGUAAAUAUUGUCGUUUUUCUUAUCGGAGCAGCGAUGUCUUCACUUCAGUAUCUGAGAGAUUUAAUCAGCGAGCGGCUAACUGCUGCGGCCGAGGAGAUAUUCAGAGCUUUCGAACAAACCGUCGUCGAGUAUGAGGAGGAGGUGGAUCGUCAGCGCAGACUGUUGGAGAUCGUUUGGGAACCGGACGACAAUUCACAGCGAAUACAAGGGCUUCCACGGCAGCGUGUCCGCAAGGGAAAGGAAGUUCCUACUAAGCAGCAGCUCUGUGACGAGGGGGGAAACUCCAGCCUGGACCAAGAGACACCAGAGGUACUACAGAUUAAAGUGGAACAAGAGGAAAUCAGUCCAGAGGCAGAUAAGCUUGAGCUGAAGCAGGAGGCUGAUACCUUCAUUUUGGAAAGUGAUCACGUGGAACCAGAACCAGACAGUGAUACCUUAAUGUUGACUGAUGAUGAUGAUGUUGAGGAAAGUGAUCAUGUGGAACCAGAUCUGGACGUGAACCACCAGCUUCUCUGUAACAGCCCUUCUGUAGCCGAGAGUGAUGACGAUCAGGCUGGAAGCAAAGACAUGGACUCGGAAUCGCAGACACAGACGAGAUGUCACAAUUUUCAAAUGUCUGAGAUCAAAUCUAAAACUAAAACCGAUGAAAAGCCUUUCAGAUGUGACACCUGUGGGAAAACCUUUCAGUAUAGGUCUAAAUUUAAAGUCCAUAUCCGGACACACACAGGUGAGAAGCCUUACUCCUGCACGACCUGCAGGAGCAGAUUUACCAACAAGUCGGCUUUGAAAAAACAUGUAAGGACACAUGCGGCGAAGGAGCAGUAUUCCUGCAAAACAUGUGGCAAAAAUUUUAGCACCAGAACAGCCCUUAUGAUCCAUGUAAGGACUCACGCAGGUGACGAGCCGUACCCCUGCACGACCCGCGGGAAAACAUUUGGUGACCCUCCAGCGCUGCAGAACCACACAAGGAGUCACGGCGCUGAGAAGUCCUAUGUUUGUGAGACUUGCCAGAAAGGUUUUGGAAAUAAGCAGAACUUGUUGGUCCACAUGAGGACUCACACAGGUGAGAAGUCCUACUACUGUGAAACAUGUGGGAAAAGUUUUGGCAGUAAGCCAAACUUGUUGGUCCACAUGAGGACUCACACAGGUGAGAAGCCCUACUACUGUGAAAUAUGUGAGAAAGGUUUUGGGAGUAAGCCGAACUUGUUGAUCCACAUGAGGACUCACACGAGUGAGAAGCCGUAUUUAUGUGAAACUUGUGAGAAAGGUUUUAGAACCAAACACAACUUGCUGAUCCACAUGAGGACCCACACGGGCGAGAAACCGUACUUUUGCACAACCUGCGAGAGAGGUUACAGAAGUAAAUAUAACUUGCUGAUCCACAUGAGGACCCACACGGGCGAGAAGCCGUAUUUAUGUGAAGCUUGUCAGAAAAGUUUUAGAACUAAAUAUAAUUUGUUGACCCACAUGAGGACUCACACGGGCGAGAAGCCGUACUUCUGCAAAACGUGUGAGAAAGGUUUCGGAACCAAGCAAAACUUGUCGAUCCACAUGAAGAUUCACACGGGUGAUUCACACGAGUGAGAGCCUGUAGUCUGUGCAAGAUUUCAUGACGUGGGGAGUUUUGGGGGGGGGUGGGGGAAAGCAUAUGAGAAGUCACAAAUAAGAAGCCGCAGCCCUGCAAUACUUGUGGGAAAAAGGUUGAGGUGGUCCUCGCAAAUGAGAAGUCAUGGCAAAAUACACGUAUGCUAAACUGUAUGCAUGUACCAAACACGUGAUAGAUGUCAGUACGGAGGCCCUUCACUUACAGGCUUGUGCACAAGUCAAAGCAGCAAAGAUAAAAGCUCAAAUGCCAUAGGCAAGUAAAUGCAAAGUAUAUAUGAAUAAUAAGGUAAUGAAUUUGGUUACCUUUUUGUUUUAGAGUUAAAUUUUAGGAUUUUAAGCAGUUUCUCAAGUAGAAAUUUCCAAUAUUUAACAAUAUCAUGUCUAUAUUUUUUUUGUAGUUUUUACAUGGGUAAAAACCUGGGCCCAACUAAUGACGCUUUUCCACCACACAGUCCCGGCACGUUGUUUUUUCUGCUUUUCCGAUAGUGAUAGUACCUGGUAAAUGGAUGUUUGAGUUCUGGGCAGGACAUUUUUACGUUCACUGUGAACGCAGAAUUGUUUUCUAACACUUGUUUUGGUUUAUUCUGGAAUUGUAAAUCCUGACCAUUUUUGUCCCAGAAUUAAAAUAUUUACUCUUUGAUUGAUUAUUGUUUUUUGUGAAGAUGUUAGUUGAUUGGAUUUCUUUCAUUUUCUUUUUUAACAAACUUGGGUUUUUAAUGAUGGACUCUGGCGAGACAGCACAUGAGUAUUUUCAUGUCUGAUCAUCUUAACUACAUUAUUGACCUCACAUUACACAGCUUCAUUUCUGCUCCAAUUUUUUUUGUAAAAUUCUUUCAUUGGCAAAACAAAGACUGUGUUUCGUACUGCAGUGCCCAAUAAAUGACUUUCUUCAAAAUGAA